AUGUCUGAAGCAUCCCCACCAAGAAGUCCACACAGAAGUCCACCUCAUCAUCCAGGAAGUCCACAUUCACCUGGUCGUCGUGAUGAUAGAUACGACAAUGAGAGAAGAUAUGACGAACGUCGUGAUGAUAGAUACGAGGGUAGAAGAUCCUAUGAUGAUCGUCGCGAGAGAAGAUAUGAAGGAAGAAGAUACGAUGACGAGCCUCGUGGAGGAAGAUACGAAGGUAGAAGAUAUGACGACAGAAGAGAGAGAGAGGAUGACAUUUUGCAAGCUGAAAAAUCCAAGGCUACCUCCAUCUUUGUAGGUAGUUUAGACCACAACAUCACCGAGAAUGACUUGCGUGAAACCUUCUCCAAGUUCGGUGUUGUUGAGAAUGUUAAACUUGGUGUUACCAAGCAAGGACGCCCUCUAGGUUAUGCUUUUGUUGCUUUCUCUAACAGGGAUGAUUGUGAGAAGGCUUACAACGCAGUCAAGGAUGGUGAAGUUGGAGGUCAAAAUCACAAAUGGGCCGUUGACUAUGAUGUUGGUAAGGAAAAGAAGAUUCAAAUGGGUAUUCCACCAGCAGGACCAAGAAGAAGAUAUGGAGGUUCUUCGAGAGGUGGCGGAAGAAGAUACGACGAUGAUCGUUAUGGGGGUGGUUACAGAAGAGAUCAAGGUAGCAGAUAUCAUCCAUACAGCAGAAGAACACCACCAUACAGAGGUGAUAGAGGUGAUAGACCAUCUCCUCAUGGUGGCUAUCCAAGAUAUGGAAGUCCAAGAAGAUCUCCAAUGUACGAUAGACCUAGAAGAGACCGUGGAAGUCCAAGAGGCAAUUAUUAG